AUUCAAUGUCAAUUUCUGCUUUUUAGGUUAUUUAUGUAUAUUUUGAACACUUUCUAGAAAUAAAUAUUUCAUAAUCAUAACACACUUUUCGCAUUCCAUUUGUUAAGGAGGUGUUAGACGAAUGUAUUAAUGAACAUAUUUCGGACACUUUUUAAUAGUUUAAGUAGUAAAACAGUAGCAUACACAACGAGAAGAAUGAGUGUGAAUUCUUUGUAUUAUUCCCAUGAACAGCUUACAAAUUUUAUUGAACUUGCAAAAAAUGAAGAUGAAGGUGUACUUGAGUAUUUAAAACAUGUUCAACGUGUUCCUAUACAAGACUUUACUCCAGGAUUGGAAUGGUUCAAUACAUCAGAGCCUCUUUCUAUGAAGAAACACCUCCAAGGAAAAAUUGUUAUUUUAGAUUUUUUUACGUAUUGCUGUAUAAAUUGUAUGCAUAUUCUUCCUGAUUUGAGAGAACUUGAAAACAAAUUUUCAAUAGAAGAUGGUUUAGUUGUGGUCGGUGUCCAUAGUGCCAAAUUCGAGAAUGAAAAAAUAUCUUCCAACAUAUUAGCGGCAGUCCAACGAUACAACAUAUCUCACCCCGUGGUUAAUGACUCUAACUCAGAUAUGUGGAAAAACUGUGGUAUACAUUGUUGGCCUACCUUACUUGUCGUAGGCCCUACUGGAAACCCUAUAGUGAUGCUGACCGGAGAGGGACAUAAGGACAAUCUUAUACUCUAUAUUAAGAACGCGUUGAAGUUUUAUAAGGAAAAAAACUUGAUCUCCAAUCACAAACUACCAAUUAAGUCUGCCUACCACUUAUUACCUGAUCUGAAAGGACCAUUGUUAUUUCCAGGGAAAAUUACUAACAUCCUAGAUGAAAACAACCAUGAAAUUUUGGCUGUUUCGGACACAGGCAAUAAUCGAAUAUUAAUUUUAAAGGAAGACGGUACCAUUAUUCAACAAAUAGGUGGAAAUAAAUUAGGGUUUAAAGAUGGUAGUCUAGAAGAUGCUGAAUUUAAUAAUCCGCAAGGAUUGACCUUCCAAAAUAGAGAUAUACUGUUUGUUGCGGAUACUGAAAACCAUGCAAUUAGGAAAGUAGAUUUGAAAAACAAAAAAGUUGAAACUGUUGCAGGUAUCGGUAAACAAGGUGACGACAUGGUUGGAGGUAACAAGGGACUAGAACAAGCCAUAUCAUCUCCAUGGGAUGUAUCUAUCUAUAGAAAACAGGAUGUAGAUCCUGUUGGUAAUCCGAUCAUUCGAGAAGUACUUAUUAUCGCAAUGGCUGGAACCCACCAAAUUUGGGCUUUGUUUUUGGAAGAUACAGUAUGGUGGAAGUCAAAAAAAUAUACAUCCGGUACUUGCGUUAAUAUUGUCGGUUCCGGUAGAGAAGAAAAUAGAAACAACAGUUAUCCUCAUAACGCGGCUUUCGCGCAACCAUCUGGAUUAGCCUUAUGCCAAAAUAAUAAAGAAAUUUAUAUUGCUGAUAGUGAAAGCUCUAGCAUUAGAAGGAUAUCUCUAGUCGAUGGAAAAGUCACUCCUGUUGUUGGAGGAGAGAGAGACCCAAGCAAUUUGUUUGCAUUUGGUGAUAAAGAUGGUACUCUAUUUGAUGCCAAACUUCAACACGCGUUAGGAGUAGGAAUAACCAGUGAUGAGAAAACCCUGUUCGUAACUGACACCUACAAUCACAAAGUGAAGAAAGUCAACGUUGCCGAUAAUUCCGUGUCUUCUAUUACUUUACCAACUGCAGACGCCACAGAUGGUACUAGUAGCACAUUUAAAGAACCUGCUGGAGUGUGCAUUAGUUCCGAUAAUAAUAAGCUGUAUGUGGCAGACACCAACAAUCAUCAGAUCAAAGUCCUGCAUUUAAAUAACCAGCAAAAUGUUACCAAAGUGGAAAAAUUAGAAUUGAAAAAGAUAGAGAAUAAUAAGGCUGAAGUUGACAAAUCUAGCUACGAGAUUUUGUCAAGAAAACCUAUAUCAAUUAAUUCAAAUGGUGGAAAAAUUAUUCUUACAGUAAAUUUUAAGUUUGAUAAGGGAUUAGGGCUUACCGAAGGUGCUCCGCAGACAUGGUUGGUGGAUUUGCCAGACAUAACGUGGUCCUCUAUACCCAAGAAUGGAUCAAACCUUGAGUUGGUAGAAACUACAAUUAGUGUACCUACUAAUGGUAUCAAGCAAAACCAAAACAUAGACUUUUUAUUUAAUCUUGUUACUUGUACAGACGACACGUGUCUUCCUAAAAGCUUUAUUGUGAGAGUACCGAUUGUAUAUCAAAACAGCGAGAGCAAAGUUACUGAAAAUAUUUCCGUUCUUAUUAAGCCCGAAAAUAUUCUUCUACUAUAGAACAAUAUAGAAUUCUAUAUCUUUUUGGGUAUAGAAUUUAACAAUGUUUGCUUUGGAUUUGUCGCUAGGUAAACAUCCCAUCCCAGUUCUCUUACUAAUAGCCCGAUCAAAGAACAAUCUGACCCCAAAAAAAUAGAGGAAGGAUGAAAAUUUGGGAAUAGGUAGGUGAAAUUGUAUAUUAUUAUAUAAAAGUUUACAAUUCUACAUCCCCUCCAUUUUACAAAAAUGUAGGGGAAUUACCCCCCUCUCGAAGGUGAAAAAUAUACAUUCAAAAUAAGUCCGGAAUUGGAUAAAAUGACUAAUUCUAAGCAACUUUUGUUCUAUGGAGUUUUUUCCCUAAGUCAAUACUUUUCGAGUUAUUUGGAAGUGAAGAUGUUCAUUUUUAACAGAAAAAACAUGUUUUUGGGCGGUUUUUCGGAGGUAACUCAAAAAGUAAGUAUUUCAAUGUGAAAUAACCCAAAAACGGAGCACUUUUCGGGGAAAAUUCAUGUCAACUUUUUUAAUGUGUUUAAAAAAGGGUUUAUUUUUGUUUUUUAAAAAAACUUGUAACAUUAAAAGUAAGUGGGUUACGCUCAAAAUAUUGUUGGUCCCUUUUAUUUUUUGGUAAAAGAAAUCGCCAAAAUCACCCCCCUAAUUAGUAUCACAAAUAAAUUUUAUCAUUACCACUUCACAAGUUACUUUGCUUAUGUGUUAUUUAUAUGAUCUGUAAGUUUCAUCGGUUCAAAGUGCUUAUUUUUGAAAAAGCUGUAGUUAAAAUGGCUUGAACGAGUAACUAAUCACGAGUUUAGGCCAAAUUUAAACAGCCAUAGCAUAACCAAUUUUUGUCUAACAAGAAAACAAAAAAGCAAAAGUAUUCAGAAAAGCAAAACGUACAUUUUAUUACUCUUUAAGAUUUUUGUUAUUACUAAUAAUUUUUAAGUUAAUUCCAUGAACAAUUCCAUUUUUUUUUUCAAAAUUAAAAAAAUGUUUUAUUUUAAACCCAAUUUUUUUCAAAAAUGAAACUUAUAGAUAAUAUAAACAAUACAUAAAUAAAGUAAAUUGUGAAGCGGUAACGAUAAAUUUUAUUUGGGAAGCUAAUUAGGGGGUGAUUUUCGAGAUUUUUGGGGGACCAAAAAAUAAAAGGGACCACAAUAUUUUGAGCGUAAUUCACUUAUUUUUAAUGUCAGAAGUUUUUUAAAAAAAACAGAAAUAAACCUUUUUUAAACACUUUAAAAAAGUUUUAAUGAAUUUUCCCUGAAAAGUGCUCUGUUUUUUGUUUAUUUCACAUUGAAAUAUUCGAGUUGGAAUUUGACGAAGAAGAACCUACUUUUCAUUAGCUACAACUCUGCUUCUACUGGGUCUGCAGACCUCAUGCGUACACCAUUUUUUUUUUAAUUGUUUAUAAGCUAUAUUUUUACUAAGAAUAUUAUUUUCGCUGAAAUACUUAAUUUUUGAGUUACGUCCGAAAAACCGUCCAAAAACAUGUUUUUUUUUUUGUUAAAAAUGAACAUAUUCACUCGCAAAUAACUCGAAAAGUAUUGACUUAGUGAAAAAACUCUAUAGAACAAAAGUUGCUUAGAAUUAGUCAUUUUAUCCAAUUCUGGGCCUAUUUUGAACGUAUAUUUUUUCACUCCCGAGAAAAUAUUUUUCACCCCGUAUUUCCCAAUUUUUGUAAAAUGGAGGGGAUGUAGAAUUGUAAACUUUUUCUUAUAUAAUAAUAGACAAUUUCAACUACCUAUUCCCAAAUUUUCAUCCUUCUUUUAUUUUUUUGGAGGUUUUCGUAAAAUUUUGUGUUCCCUGAUUGGGCUAUAACUAAAGUUUAAUAAACAACUGUAAAACAUGAUAUUUUAGAUUUCAAACGGUAAUAUGUUAAAACUUCAUCGAAUCCCACUUACGUAGUACAGAUUCAACAAGAAAAUAUUUGUGUCCAAUGUAAAUGAGUGUCUGGACAGCUCCACAUACUGUCUUGGCUUUUCUAUUGUCUCGUUGCAAAAACGUUAUGACAUGUUCAGGUUGUCUAAAUUCGUCUAUACCUAGUUUUGCUAUUUUCUUUUUCACCACUUUUUCUAUAAUGUUAAGCCUAGAAAAAAUAAUUAAUAGGAGGGUACUACAGGCGAAUGGCACUAAGUUUGUAUGGCGAGAUUAUUCGGGGUUUGUACCAUAAUCGUGAACUAAAUUACUAAGGAAGUGAACUUAGAACACAUAUACUAUGUGACUACUCAAAGGCACCGUUGCUCGGUCCUGGUAGAUUAUGGACGGUGUCGUUGAUAGAGGUGAGAAAUACAAGAAGCAAGAUGGAUACAAAACAACAACAGGAAAGAGAACAACUCGACAAAAUAUUUGAAUCCCAAAAAAAGAUAAAUGGGAUAUUCAUAAAACAAAGAGAAACAAUCCACAAAGAAGAAUUUCCUGUAGCUGGCUGUAUACCUUUAAUGAACUUAGAACACAUAUACUAUGUGACUCAAAGGCACUGUUGCUUGGUCCUGGUAGAUUAUGGACGGUGUCGUUGAUAGAGGUGAGGAAUACAAGAAGAAAGAUGGAUACAAAACAACAAAAAGGAACAGGAAAGAGAACAACUCGACAAAAUAUUUGAAUCCCACAAAAAGAUAAAUGGGAUAUUCAUAAAACAAAGAGAAACAAUCCACAAAGAAGAAUUUCCUGUAGCUGGCUGUAUACCAUUAAUGAACUUAGAACACAUAUACUAUGUGACUCAAAGGUACCGUUGCUCGGUCCUGUUAGAUUAUGGACGGUGUCGUUGAUAGAGGUGAGAAAUACAAGAGGAAAGAUGGAUACAAAACAACAAAAAGGAACAGGAAAGAGAACAACUCAACAAAAUAUUUGAAUCCCACAAAAAGAUAAAUGGGAUAUUCAUAAAACAAAGAGAAACAAUCCACAAAGAAGAAUUUCCUGUAGCUGGCUGUAUACCAUUAAUGAACUUAGAACACAUAUACUAUGUGACUCAAAGGCACUGUUGCUUGGUCCUGGUAGAUUAUGGACGGUGUCGUUGAUAGAGGUGAGAAAUACAAGAAGAAAGAUGGAUACAAAACAACAAAAAAAGAACAGGAAAGAGAACAACGUUAUAGUCGGAAUACAACUGAAACCGGUUAUACCAGUUCUUAGAAACCAACAAAAAAAAGGUACAAAGUAAUUAAACGUACUAGACUACUGUCAGAAGAAGAACAAAGUAAAUAUGAAAGACUAGUCACUAGAAAACUGGAAAAUAUUACAGAAAAUGUAAACAUCGAACAAAAAUGGACCCAAAUUAAAGUAUCAAAGCAGCGCAAGCCAGUAAUAGAAAUAUAAAAGAUGGAUAUAAAAUACAAAGAAUGGUUUGAUCAGUGGCGGCUGGUCCUGUGAGGCAGUGUCUCACCAGUAUAUCAAUCCACUAUUUACGGUAUUUCUUUAUCCCAUCUUCAAUUCAUUAAAUACAAUUUAACUUUUUGAAAUUUGUUAAAUACCUUUAUUUUUAUUAUAAAAAAUAAAAAUAGGUGCGGCCCUGAUCUCUGUAGUCCACGUGCGAGCAUCUCAUUUUAACUUUCUCAAAUAAUGGUUACAGGAGAGGCAUGCCUGGGCCAGCCUCUCAUCGGGUCUAUAUCUAGCUUACGGUUUCGUAAAAGGGAAGCAGCAACAAAAUUCAACCUCUGAGAACAAUUUCGAACGCUGAUUCAAAUAUGCAUGCCUCAGUAGUGUAAAAUACGAUAUAUGUAAGCGUAUAGGGUCGAACUGCACCGAUCUGUUUAAUGGACAAAAAUUAAUUGGAUAUGUAAUUUAGUAUGUUAACAAUUAUUACAAAAAGCAAAAAAGCAAGAGGUGUCCGAUCUAAUUUUCUUCUGACUAUAAUUAAUAAUAAUUAUUUAAUUAUUAAAAAAUUACUUUUUCUAUAAAUUAAAAAACAUUUCGGCCCAGGCAGAUAUUAUUUUAGAUUUUUUGGAUCAUUCUAAACAAAAACUUCGUCUUUUGUAAUUUUUCUCUUAAGUUGAUCGUUUUCGAGUUAAUAAUUUAAAACCGAAAAAAGAUCGAAAAAUGACGAUUUUCAACGCUCGAAAACAAGAAAAAAUAUCAUUUUUGAAAAUACAAAGUACCUAAAUUCAAGUUCAAACAUUAGUCUAUUACUUUGUAUAUACACCUAAAAAAGUUGUCAAAUUAUAUACACAUGAAAAAGUUUGCAACAGAUUAACUGUGUGUUGAAAAUAAAAGAAACAAGCAAUCAAAUGAGAAAAUUUAGUAAAAUACGUACAAAGAACACAAUAUUUAUUGUUUGGGUAAUCUACUUCGAUUUAUACAUGUUUAACAUGUUAAAUAUCAUCAAAUAUUCUCUCUAUAGCCUUUCCUCCUUAUGAAGAUUGGGUACUAUUGCGUUUCUUAGCCAAAAGUGAAAGGUGGUUGAUUGGUUGGAUCCGUGCAAACAUCAAAUAUUAAUUAAUAUUUGAUGAUAAUCUAAGCAUUAAUCUUCUUCAGCUCACUAUUGCCCGAGUUAUUCACGUGAUCGAUCAUAGGUUUAGAAAUAUUUAUAAGGCUACUUUUGUUAAACCAACUAUGCUAAAAUUUUUCAAUUUGGAAGAGUGAUAUCAUCGUUUAAAUGAGGCAUAUCCUCAAAUUUAAAUGUGCAGGGCGGUCCUCGGAAACUACCUGUUUAAUUUGCGUUUUCUCAUAAAUCACAGAAUGUAUAAUUACUAAAUUUAUUUGUGUUUCUCUAUAGCAGAAUAAUUGGUCUGCUAUGGUCAUAAAAAACUUUAAUUUUGUCGACCCAGGGAUUAUUACCGUCAUAAAAAUAUCAAAAAACAUGUUUUUCAAGAGCUGAGAUCCUGAUUUAUCAAGCUGAGAUCCUUGCUGUGCUGCAGUGAUCUCAGUUUGGUAACAAAGAUGCGGAUAGUGAGGUGCUACGUUCUUCCAGUGCUACUGUAUGGAAUUGAAGCCUGGACACUGACGCAAGCCACUGAAAAGCGGAUUGAAGCCUUCGAGAUGUGGAUCUACUGGAGGAUACUAAAAAUAUCUUAUGUGGACCAUGUCACCAACAUUAAGGUCCUACAGCGCAUGACAAAAGAAAAAGAAGUGUUAAUUUAGUAAAACAACGUAAGCUUGAGUACCUUGGCCACGUGAUGUGGAACGAAGAAAAAUAUCGAGUUCUUCAACUCGUCAUGCAGGGCAAUGUAUUUGGCAGGAGAGGACCGGGACGCCGUCGUAUCUCGUGGUUGAAAAACCUCCGACAAUGGUUUGGGAUAACCUCCGCGGAGCUGUUUCGCAGAGCAGUCAACAAAAAAAUGAUAGCCUUGAUGAUCGCCAACAUCCGGACGGGAUAAGGCACUGAAGAAGACUCAAUUCAGUACAAGGAUCAGAUACAUCAGUAUUUUGCAAUCAUUAUUUAUACUCAGUACCACUGAGAACCGCUAUCAAAAGUAACCGUUACAUGUCCGCACUGAUUUUGCUCGUCUCUAUUCGCUACGUCGAUAUCCAACGGUUGGGUUGGGUUGUGUUCAAUAUGCGAUGCGCUAGAAAAAUAAAUGCACGGGUCACUCGACACGCCGGCGCAGGUUGUGUCUCGCUUAGGUUCAAUUUGCGCCGGGCCUUAAUGGCGGCACCGCACUUCGCUAUGUGGUAUUUCUUAUGCGUCUUAUUCGGCCGCAUAGGACGAAGUGUGGAGGGUUCAUUCGUCAAUAUUCGCUUAAUGCGCACGCAUAGUAGCAAAUACGCAUCAAUCCACUUGUCGGUUUCUACGCACUUCAAAGAACAAAUAUUUGGGCGCAUACAGCGUAGCCGCAUAACAAUUAGCACAUACCAAAGUGUGGUGUCGGCAUUACACACAGUAUGCCAGAAAAAGGAGAGCCAGUAAAGUACCUUAAAUGAAUCGUAUAAGUAUUGUGUUAAAAAUAAUUAAUUUACUUCUUUACAAUAAGUCUUUAAAAAACACACAUCUAGCGACCAAUCCCGGGUUAAACUUAUUUUAAAUAAUGACGUUUGUACAGGUUGCCCUUGUUUUUAUAUUUUGAUAAAUUUACAAUAAGCCUAUACAAGUUUUUUAUCAAGUUUAUUAAAAGAAAAACUAAUUUUAAUGUCUGAUGGCAACAAAGUUCUUUUAAAAAUAAAAAUUUAAAAUAAUUUCUGAAAAUUAAAAAAGAACAUGUAAAUAAGUAAAACAUGAUUGUACUCCUUUCAUUUUAAGCUUAUUAAAAUAAUAAUUCAGUUAAAUAUAUUCCAUUAAACUGUAAUAAAUAAUUUAAUUCUUAAAAACAAAAAAACAAAAGAUGUAGAUCUUUGAAACAGACUCAGUGAUCAAAAGAUCCAAAGUUACUCUCAUACGAAAUCAAACAAAUGAAAUAGAGAAUGUGGAAAAAUCCCCUUACGAAUAAUUAAAUUAAUUAAUUAACUUAAUUCUUAUAAAAAUAAAAAAGAUAGUAAAGUUUGUUAGUCAUUCGAUAUUAUAUAUUUACAAUGUAUUUUUAUUUUUUUUUACAAUUAAACUGUUUUUUACGAUGUAAAAAUUGA